AAGAGUUCGUGUUCAGACUGGUUAAAGAUGGCCAAGCUGAUGUUUGCUCUGUUUCUAUCUGCUGGAGUCCUACUGACUUCAACUCAAGCUUCCUUUAGCGAACUUCCAGAAACUUAUAAGAAAGGAGUCGAGCUGGCAUUACAAAACAUUCAUGACCACGAAAGUGUUCAGCAUCAUUUUCUCUUCUUAAAAUCGAUCCAGCAAUCACAAAUCGAGGCAGGGUUUGAUGUCACGUACGUCUACCAUAACUUUUACCUAAAAGCCACCAAAUGCACAAAAGGAACAGAGAAUGCGGACACGACCAUGUGUGCAUUCAGGAAUGAUCGUCCUCUUAUUGACUGUGCCGUCUGUUACAAAACCUACGCUGGAGAGAUCGAGCCUAAACCCAUACCAUUUGUCAGUUGUGUUCAUAAACACAAGCUCACUGAUGUCAUAACGACAGAACGAGUGGAGCACUGUAAUAAAAUGGGUUAUGGCAGUGGAUCUCCAACUUUGCUGGCGUCUGGUAGACCUUCAGACUAAACCUGGUGUUGACAUCUGAUAUUCUGGCAUUCAGCUUUAUUCCUGUGAUAGUCUAUCCUGUGCUUAUGUAAUUUUUGAGAAUGUAACCAAAAUGGGAAAUGACCGUAUACAGUGAAUAAUGUAGCUGUGGAUAUGUACAUAUGUUUGUUUUCAUUGGGUGAUUACACUUUGCAAAAUACUAACUUAAAGAGACACUCCACUUUUUUUGAAAAUAUGCUAAUUUUUCAGCUCCUCAAAAGUUAAACAUUUGAUGUUUACAGUUUUGAAAUCCCUUCAGUCGAUAUCCGGGUCUGGCGCUAGCACUUUUAGCAUAGCUUAGCAUAAUCCAUUGAAUCUGAUUAGACCAUUAGCAUCGCACUAAAAAAUAACCAAAGACUUUCAAUAUUUUUCCUAUUUAAAACUUGACUCUUCUGUAGUUACAUCGUAAGACCACAGAAAAUUCAAAGUUGUGAUUUUCUAUGCAGAUAUGGCUAGGAACUAUACUCUCAUUCUGGCGUAAUAAUCAAGGACAAUUGCUGCCGUAACAUUGCUGCAGGAGGUGCAAUGAUAUUACUCAGUCCCCGAAAAUAGUCCCCUUAUUAACUUUCAAUGGCAGGGGAUUAUUUUCAGGCGCUGCGUAAUAUCAUUGCGCCUCCUACAGCCAUUUUUUAGCGCAAUGCUAAUGGUCUAAUCAGAUUCAAUGGAUUAUGCUAAGCUAUGCUAAAAGUGGUACAGCUAGACCCGGAGAUUGGCUGAAUGGAUUCCAAAACGGUAAAAAUUCAAUGUUUAACUCUAGGGGAGCUGGAAAAUUAGCAUUUUUCUUUAAAAAGUUGAGAGUCUUUUUAACAAACUUACUUUUCUUGAAAAUAAGCAAUAAUGGCCUAGUAAUGCCUUUUAUUUUGUCAUGCAAUAUUAAAGGGAGAGUUUACCCAAAAAUGAUAAUCCUUUUAACAUUUACUCAUCCUCAUGUUGUUUCAAACCUCAUGUAUGAGUUUCUUUCUUCUGUUAAUCACAAAAGAAGAUAUUUUAAUAAAGGAUGGCAGUCACACAGUUAACAGAAAUAUUGACUUCUAUAGUAUUUCUUUCUCCUCCUAUGGAAUUUAAUGAGUGCCAUGAACAGAAUUUUCAUUUUAGCUUGAACUUAAUUCUGUGACAUUUGUUUUUUUUCUUCUGAAUAUUAUUUUUAAUAAAUAAAACUUUGAGCUAUCACAAAA